AUGCCGUAUCAGCCAACUGCGCGCAGCAAGUGCCAUACGCACUACCCAGAGGAGGGCUCACCUUGCUCUUCGCCGUCCCUGGUCAGCGUAGCGGGGGAUGAUAUGCUCACCACGCGGCCUCUGCAGCCCGCAGCUCGCAUCAGCCCGCCUCCUGGCCUCAAACACCUGGGCUCCCCAGCCCCAUCGGAAGCUGAAGCACGUCCGUGGUCGAUGCCGGAGCCACUCCUUCCCAGCCCCCGCUACGCUUAUUUGCCUCAGGUGGUCCGAGGCCAUCCCACCACCCCCAAGUUGGCGGACAGUGCCACCGCCUCCCCCAGUGCCGCCAGAGAUCAUGAUGCCAGAGCCGUUUACCACUCCACCUCCAAGUGA